UAAACAGGUACCAAAAGUAUUAUUAUUAUUAUUAUUGAUGACAAUGUUUUAGUCAUUUACAGUCUAAAGGUUUAAUGGAAAAAGACAAUUCUUUAGCUUAUUCUUCAGAAUCAGAUGUAUGAUCUGAUUCAUACGUUUUUUGAGAGCAGCUCACAGAUGUCUGCAUAGUUCAAUGUCUGAGAUGUAAACAAGGUUUCAGAGAGAGGGUUCAUUGUGGAGAAAGCAAGAAUGGAGAAAGAAAGAGAGAGAUGGGGGGAGAGGGAGGGGCAGCUGGGGGUCUUGACGUCAGCGGUAAGAGUCAUUUCCUCUGGACCAAUCAGAGCGACAGGAGCAGGCGCCGCUGUCUGCCGAGCGCCAACGUUAUUAGACGAAUGACAACCCAAGUCUGACGGUCUCUUCUCCCCCCCAACCCUUACCAGAGACCCCCCCCCCACUCUCCCAUUCUCCCACCGCCCCCACAGACCCCCGGCAAGAGGAGUCAAUAGCGGGGGGAAGAGGCAGCAGAACCCCGGGGUGAUCUCAGCCACUUCCAGCCUGCUGACCACUGACACAGCGGAGACCUGCAGCAGAUUCAUUAUCUUUUCUUUAGUUCUUUAGAAAAAGGAAGGAGGAGGAAAAGCAGAGAAAGAGAGAAGAAGAGGGAGACGCUCCUGGACUCUCUGGCGGCUGGUGGGAAGAAUCUCAGUGGUCUGCGGGGGUCGGUCUGAACUAGGCAGGCUACUUAUUGGACGGGCUGGAGAGGGUCGCUUACGCGUUAACGCGCAUCAACCAGCCACACAGCGCCGCCUGAUUCAUCCUCCUCGUCCCCCUCAUGCCGCCGCCGCCGCAGCAUCAGCACCAGCAUCAACAUCAGUACCAGCAUCAACAGCAGCCACAGCCAUGAGCACCCAUCUCCCCAACGCCUCCUCCUCCUCCACCCCCACGGUCCCGGACUCGCCCGGGGGCCGGAACGCGUCCUCCGCGCCGCCCACUGACGCCACGACAGCCGCAGCCGCCGCCGCCGCCGGCGCCUCCGUGCCCGUCAACCCCUGGGACGUGGCGCUGUGCGUGGCCGGCACGCUGGUGUCGUGCGAGAACGCCUUGGUGAUCGCGCUGGUGGCGCACGCGCCGGCCCCGCGCGCCCCCGCCUUCGUGCUCAUCGCCAGCCUGGCGUUCGCGGACCUGCUGGCGGGCCUGGGGCUCGUACUGAACUUCGCCGUGGCGUACGCGGUGGCCGAGCCCGGCGUGGCUUCGCUGCUCUCCGCCGGGCUGUUGAUCUCCGCCUUCUCCGCGUCCGUGCUCAACGUGCUCGCCAUCACCGUGGACCGCUACCUGUCGCUGUACGGCGCUCUCACCUACCACACGGAGCGCGCCGCCACCUUCACGUACGCCGUGGUGGCGCUGGCGUGGCUCACGAGCGCGCUGCUGGGCUCGCUGCCCGCGCUCGGAUGGAACUGCCUGGAGGACGAAGCCACGUGCAGCGUGUGCCGCCCGGUGAACAAGAGCAACGCGGCGGCGCUCGCCGUCUCCUUCCUGCUGGUCUUCGCGCUCAUCCUGCAGCUCUACCUGCAGAUCUGCAAGAUCGCCUUCCGCCACGCGCAGCAGAUCGCCGUGCAGCGCCACUUCAUGAGCGCCUCGCACGCCGCUUCCACCACCAAGGGCGUCAGCACGCUUUCGGCCAUCCUGGGCACCUUCGCCCUCUGCUGGGUGCCCUUCGCUAUGUACUCUCUGGUGGCCGACACGCGCUACCCGGCCGUCUACACGUACGCCACGGCCCUGCCGGCCAUCUGCAGCUCCAUCAUCAACCCCAUCAUCUACGCCUUCCGCAACCCGGACAUCCAGAGGUCGUUGAGGCUGGCCUGCUGCGGCUGCCUGCCCUACAGCUUCGCCUCCAGGCCCCGGACGCCCAGCGACGUGUAGAGAAAGAGAGAGUGAGGGAGGUUUCUGUGAAGCACGGUGUAGGUAGUAGACCUUAACAAUAGUUUUUAGAGGGGAAUUCCAGCAACCAUAUCAGCACACAAAGACUUAUAUAUAUAUA